UGGGUCUCGCACGGAAGUCUCGCGCGCACAUUAGGCAGCCACAGAGGCACAACCAAACCGUACACAGCGACUGGAACGACGAGAGGGGAGCCAACGGCCCUUUGGCUGAGGUGAUUUGGAUUUCGGGUGGAAGAAGCGUCGAUUAAUAAAAUGACCAGAGGAAACCAGCGUGAGUUAGCGCGCCAGAAGAAUGCCAAAAAAGCCAUUGAACAUGGUAAAGGGAAGAGGAACGAAGAUGGGCUGUCUGCUGCUGCUCGGAAGCAGAGGGAUGCCGAGAUAAUGCAACAGAAGCAGAAAAAAGCAGACGGAGACGGAGGUAAAGGAGGCACCAAGUCCAAGUAAACUAAAGAAUGAAGACGGAAACAAAUUCGACUCAGUGUUUCAGUGACAUCCCAUGUUGAGCAUUCUUCCUGACAUUUAUGAGAAUGGAUCAGUCAUUUUUGUCUAGACUCAAGAAUCUAGGAUCCUAUAUUCUUCCCUAUGGCAAAUGACAUUGCUUGUUGGACUUGUUAUUUUUCUUGGUGAAAUUAUGUCUGAGCAAGUUAGCGGUUGUCCCAUGUUGCUGCUGCAUGCAGAGGAGCAUCAUUGCUGUAAGCAGCAGGAUAAAGAUCAAUUCUUGACACAAAGCAUCCUUGUAACAGUUGUGUAUUUUUGUACAAUAAUGUCCCCUGCUGGUUUUAAAUAAAGUGUAUCUUUUUAGUUCA